AUGGAUGGAUGGAUCCAGCCAGUCUUGUUGUUGGACUAUUUACUCACUCCUCUCUGGCGUUUCCCAGAUUCACUAGUGCAUUCCAACUCCAGCGGCAAACGGAAACAUCAGCAGCAACAACAGCGACAGAAGAUUAAGGAACCACAGUAG